AUGCCGCCCAAGGCAUCGAAGAAAGACGCCGAGCCGGCGGAGCGCCCCAUCCUCGGCCGCUUCUCCUCCCACCUCAAGAUCGGAAUCGUGGGGUUACCCAAUGUUGGCAAAUCAACUUUCUUCAACAUAGUAACAAAGUUGUCCAUCCCGGCUGAGAACUUCCCAUUCUGUACCAUUGAACCAAAUGAGGCACGGGUACAUGUUCCGGACGAACGAUUUGACUAUCUUUGCCAACUUUUCAAGCCAAAGAGUGAGGUGGCUGCAUAUCUGGAAAUCAACGACAUAGCCGGGCUUGUUAGAGGAGCAAGUGCAGGGGAGGGUCUGGGCAAUGCCUUCUUAUCCCAUAUACGUGCUGUUGAUGGAAUCUUUCAUGUCUUGAGAGCAUUUGAAGACACGGAAAUCACCCAUAUUGAUGAUACAGUUGAUCCUGUUCGUGAUUUGGAAACUAUUACUCAAGAACUGAGGCUCAAGGAUAUAGAGUUUGUGCAGGCUAAAAUUGAUGACCUUGAGAAGGCAAUGAAGAGGAGCAAUGACAAGCAACUUAAGAUAGACCAUGAAUUAUGUCAGAGGAUCAUGACACAUCUUCAAGACGGGAAAGACCUACGUUUAGGAGAAUGGAAAGCUGCUGAAAUUGAGAUCUUGAAUACCUUUCAGCUGCUUACUGCUAAGCCAGUUGUUUAUUUGGUGAACAUGAGUGAAAAGGACUACCUGAGAAAAAAGAACAAGUUUCUACCAAAGAUACAUGCUUGGUACUAUUUCUACCCCAAGUCUAAUGGCUAUAGCAGAAUUACAGAUAAACUCAUGCUAUACGGCAUGCAUUUCAAACUGCGAAUGCUAAUUUUCUGUGGAACUUCUGUUCAUGUACAGCCUAAUUGCUGUAGCAGGGUGAAAGAGCAUGGUGGUGAAACUAUUAUUCCUUUCAGCUGUGCCUUCGAACAGAAACUAGUGGAUAUGCCAGAAGAUGAAGCUGCUAAAUAUUGCACCGAAAACCAAACGACAAGUUUGAUCCCCAAAAUCAUCAAGACUGGUUUUGCAGCAAUUCAUCUCAUAUACUUCUUCACUGCUGGUCACGGCGAGGUGAAGUGCUGGCAGAUCAGACGUCAAAGUAAAGCUCCGCAAGCUGCUGGUGCAAUUCAUACUGAUUUUGAAAGAGGCUUCAUAUGUGCUGAGGUAAUGAAGUUUGAAGAUCUAAAAGAGCUGGGCAGUGAAUCUGCUGUGAAGGCUGCUGGGAAGUACAGGCAGGAAGGGAAGACGUACGUGGUGCAGGAUGGAGACAUCAUCUUCUUCAAGUUCAAUGUUUCUGGAGGCGGAAAGAAGUGA